AACCCGAUUUUACGUAUCUGCAACAUUGCAGUCGGCAACCCCCUCUCCCUUUUUCAGAUUCGUCUUGUGUUUAACUUUAGCCAUAGUCGCAGUCUCUUUUGCAGGAUCCACCAUUGUGAAAAAGAAAAGAAGAUUUUGUAAUUGUUUAUCAACAAUAUUUAGAGAAAACAUUGGAAGCAUGGGAAAGAAAGGAUCGAGCAACAAGGCAGCCGCUGCAGCUUCUAGGCCUCAUAUGUCAGUUACAAUUAAAGAAGCUUUAACUGGGAAGAAACAUAUCAAUGCUAAGUCUUCGUUGAAGUUACAACAUUUAAAGGACCUUGCAGUUUGGGCCAGCCAUGAUGCUGCCAUACCUCCAUUGGGUGCUUUCUUUGGUCAUCAUUUUGCUGCUGCUUCUGAAGCAUUGACAGCACCAGUUGACCCAUCCUUGUUAACUUGUCAAAGAUGUGAGACUAUACUUCACCCUGGCUACAAUUGUACCAUCCGAAUUGAGAAAAGCAAGAGAAGUACUCGAUGCAAAGGCAAAGGCAAGGAACCUGCAUGCUAUUCUCAGAAUAACAUUGUCUACACUUGUCAUUUUUGUUCACACCGAAAUAUGAAAAGAGGCACCCAGAGAACAAGUUUACCAAAGGUCAAAGCACAUCAAAAAUCGACCAAUAGAAAAACUGGUUGCACAGGUAUUUCUUCUAAUUUUCCUAAAGAUGAUGUUAUCGCACCACUAGCGCCCAUGGUAGACAACACUUUCAAGGGACAAAACAUGGGUAUUGUGGGGAUAAGUGAGACAUCGGAAGUCAAUGACGAUAUAAACUCUACAGCAGCUCCACAUUUGUCCUCAGCAGAACCUUGCAAGGAUGAUAUGAACUCUACAGCAGCUCGACUUUCACCCUCAGCAGACGCUUCUUACACGGGUAAAACUAUGGGUACUGUGGAGAUAAUUGAGACAUUGGAAGUCAAAAACGACUCUGCUGAUAUGAGUUCAUUAACCUCUCCACUGGGGUCCACAACAGUUGACCCCAUGGACAAAAUGGGUAUUGUGGAGAUAAACGAACCAUUGGAAGUCAAAGACGAAUCUGCCAAUAUAAAUACUCUAUCAGCUCCGCUGAGGUCCUCACUAGAUAACUCCAGGGAUAUAAAGGGUCUUGCUGAGAUAAACAAAACAUUGGUGGUUCAAAACAACAAUGCUGUAUUUAGUCCGACUACGCCAUCCAGUAGACCAGCCUUGACUCCGCUGGAGUUAAAGAAGAAGAGAGAUCGAUCAAAGGCUAAGAAAAAAGUGGCAUCUGGAAGUACUCAUGAAGGUGCAAAUGCAGAGAAUUCGUUGAGCAAAUCUAAAAGACGGAGAAGAAAGUCUUGGACUAGCUUGAAAGAGAUUGCUAAGAAGAAUGAAAUUGAGAACUCCAAAAGGUUGAUGAACUCCAGAAUGUUUUAAAUAAAAGUUGCUGUUCAAAAAAAAAUUAUGUAUUACACAUGCUCAUGAAAAUUUUAGGAGUUUUGCGUUAUAAAUUCUAUUAGCACUACUAUUUGGUCCAUAAAUUAUGGUUGAUUGAUACUGUACAGUGUGCCAAGUUUUGAUUGUCCGGAAGUAUCAUCCAAAUGAAAUGAA